AUGAAAGCGACUGUUCAUCUUUGGGGCUUGAAUGGUAAGCCGAGCAUUGUUUCGCCCGAAAGCGUGGCCCUUUUUUGGCUUCUGAACGAUACGCAAAAUGAUCGCAAUGUGACAAUCGUGUUCUCUAACAACACAGACCUCUCGCCAAACCAGGAACUGCCGCUUCUUAUAGACGGUGAUAAGAAGCUUUACGGCUACGCUAACAUAGCGAGACAUUUUUCUGCUGAAGAAACCGCGCUAGAGAUGGCGCUUUUGCAGUUUACCCAAGAUCACAUAUGCGUGUUAACACAGUAUCAACUGUAUCUAAACAAAAACAACUACGAUAGCUUCACGAGGAGAGUGUUUGCGUACUUACUGGAAUGGCCCUUGUGGUACAACACUCCACUAAAAUACCGAGCGCUGGCGCGAAAGAGAUGCGAGACCCUAGGUUAUUUUGGACACGACGACGACCCGGAGCAAGUGGAGCAGCCAAAUGCGGAGCUGGACGGUCUCGUUCAAUCAAAGGCGUUCAAGCUCACGAAUGCUUCCAAAGCUCGGGGAGAGGAACUCUUGAAAUCUGCACGUUAUAAUUUGCAGUACAUGAGCCGGCUUAACCGGCAUGUUGUGAGCUGGCGUGAGGCGCGCGCAAGGCUUGACAAGGAUAGCACGGCCGCGGACUUCUUGCUAUGGGCCAAUUUGUUUGUACAGAUGGAACUCCCGGAUGGGCAGCUGGUAAAAGAGCAGCUACAGACAGCACUGGGGCCGGAGGACUACGAAUCGAUCAUUAAAAGGCUUAACGACUGCUCGAAAUCGACCUCCACGCUUGAGCUGCGGGGGCCCUUUUUUGCGGAAAAAGGCAAUGUUGUCAUGAGCGCGUACCAUGCUCUCCAGAGAUUGGUGGCAGCCUAG